GAACAGGCGUUCACGUGGAGAGCAGCGCGCCGCUUCUCCUUCCAAUUGGUUGGAGCACAACAGCUGACCCUCUGUGAUUGGUUGGUUCGGUGUGUUCACGUGAAGCGCGGAGUGGGAUGGAACACCGGCUUCUUUAACAAUGAGAGCGCUGUGUGGGGGGAGAGUGAGCUGUAUUGCUGGAGGUGAGCGGAUGUAUGGAGCCGGGAAGACGGGAUGGGGAAGUUCCCUCGACUGCAGCACUCUGCCCCGUCGACUAGUCUCACCUCCACCGGACUAUAGUGCGCUGCUGUGAGCGGGGAUACACCUAAGACGGAGGACCACUUCGCUUUUUUUUUUAUAUAUUCCUGCCCGUCCAGACUUUGUUUUCAUCUUAAAAUUUGGCUUUUCACGUGAGUUUAAAUGCCCUGGCUUACAUCACAGAUGAGCUCAACCAGUGUUCUGGAUUUGUUUCCUUAUAAGACAACCAUGGCAGUGGACAUUGCUAUGAAGUUCUAUUUGGGUUCAGCUGCAUUAAAAAGAGACCAUCUGCAAUACAGGAUUUCUCCAAAAAUGAAUAAGCCACUGAGGCCAUGUAUUCAACCAAAUGACAAAACCUUGCUAACAGAGCUAAAGAACCAAGAAAAUAAAGUGAAAAAGCGGGUUUCCUUUGCAGACAGUAGAGGGUUAGCCCUUACUAUGGUAAAAGUCUAUUCGGAGCUGGAUGACCCCCUGGAGAUUCCCUUUAACAUCACAGAACUGAUUGACAACAUAGUCAACUUGACCACUUUAGAGAAGGCACACCUGGUUUUGGACUUUGAACAACCUGCUGCAGAUUACCUGGACUUCAGGAACCGCCUCAAGGCAGACAGUGUUUGUCUUGAAAAUUGUACGCUCAAAGAGCGGGCCCUUGUUGGCACUAUAAAGGUCAAGAAUCUUGCCUUUGAGAAAAGCGUCAAAUUAAGAAUGACAUGCAAUUCAUGGCAGAGCUUUACGGACCACGAAUGCCACUAUGUUAAAGACACUUAUGCAGGGACUGAUAAGGACACAUUCUCAUUUGAUCUUAUUCUUCCAGAUGAUAUUAAGCAUCAAGGGAGGAUAGAAUUUGCAGUCUGUUUUGAAUGCAAUGACAAAAUCUACUGGGAUAGUAAUAAAGGACAAAAUUACAGUAUUGUUCGGUCUGACUUUCAAAACCGCUACUGUGAACCUGAUUAUAAAUUUUCUUUGGAUCAGUUUGGGAGUCCCAGGUGCUCUUAUGGUAUAUUUCCGGAGUGGUCUAGCUACUCUGGGUUUGAUAAACAUGGGCCCUACUACUAAUGAAGUAUGAAGAACUGUUACGCCAAUUCCAAACAUUGUAGACUUGGUAUAUGGUGGGAAUUCGCACAUGAUGAACUCAACCAGAUUUCAGGACAUAUACUAGAUUACAGUGAAAUUGUAAAUUGAUGACUGACAUCCCUUAAAAUGUCCAAAGUAGCACAUUCUUUAAAAUGAAUGGCGUCAAAACAGGAAGAUGCUGCUAAACUUUUACCUUCCUAAUGCUGCUUUAGUUCUGUUCUACAUAAACCUUCAUCUUCUGGUUUUCUUUCCUUAAAUAAUGUCCUAUGCAUCUAAUGCAGUACCUGUGGUGUCCUAGUGAAGCUGUGUUCUAGCAUAGAUUCUUGGAAGAAAUGUGUACAUGGCUCCUAUUUGUUUGUUCCCUGCUGGUUCUUCUCAGGUAAAAUGUGUCAAGUCAGCUAGAACCAAGGUAUCUAAUUUCAUUAGCACCAUCUUGCCCUGUGCACCUGCAUCUGUUUAAAAGGUCACAUCUGGUGGUGUUUUGCACAAGUCCUGUACAUUGUACGCCUCUCAUAGGUUUCACAUGACUAUUAGUUUUUUUUUUAGUUUUUUUUGAUAAACCACUUUAUGUGCUGUUACUCCAAAUCCAUCAUGUCAAACUUUUUUUAAAAAAAGUCACUAAAUGUGUGCCUUUAAACUGUACACUUUGAUCAUUCACUGCAUACUUUCCAUGCACUAUUUAGCUGAUCUUUUAAGGCUGCUUGUAUGAGGUUUUCUCCUUUUUAAAAAAGACUGUUGCAUAGUUCCCUGUAUUUGUGGAGGGUUUUAUUUUCUUGACUGGCCACUUGAUACACUACUCAGUGAUGCAGACACUGUACCGACAACUUUAACUGCGUUUUUAAGUUUUAGUAACUUUAUCUUAUUGCUUUUCUAAUGUCUCAUGAAUUUAUGGUGGCAAGUAGCCAGGGCAGUUUGAAAUGUAACUUUAGUAUUGAUUCUAGGUUCACCGAAGACACCUGCAAAAGACUUAACAGACUAUGGGGAUUUACUAAAGGCAAAUGCACUUGCAGUGCAGUCGAUGUAGAUCUGAGGGGAAGCUCUACUGA